GAGCAUGGGCAGAGGGCCCCCCUCCCAGCCAGCAGCCCCAGCAGUCCUUUCUCUUGCGAGCAGGCGAGGAUGGGGCUCCGUCCGGGGCUGCUCUUGGCCGCCUGCUGGCCCUUCUGGCUCUUGGGCUGCUGCCUCAGGGCCUCCUCCUCCUCCCCCGAUGAGCUGCUCUUCAAGGCCUGGGCGGCACAGAACGGCAAAGAGUACGGCUGCCUGGAGGAGUACCAGCAGCGCCUCCGGAUCUUCCUCAGCAACAAGCGCAGGGUCGACCAGCACAACGCGGGCAACCACUCUUUCCAGAUGGCCCUGAACCAGUUUUCGGACCUGACCUUUGCUGAGUUCAGGAAAAGGUUCCUCUGGCAAGAGCCCCAGAAUUGUUCGGCCACAAGGGGAAACUUUGUCCGCCGCACCGGACCCUAUCCAAGUGCCAUUGACUGGAGGAAGAAAGGCAACUACGUGACACCGGUCAAAAACCAGGGUCCCUGCGGAAGCUGCUGGACGUUCUCCACCACCGGCUGCUUGGAGUCAGCUGUUGCCAUUGCCACUGGGAAGCUCUUGGAGCUGUCCGAGCAACAGCUGGUCGACUGUGCUCAAGCCUUCAACAACCAUGGAUGCAGCGGGGGCCUCCCCAGCCAGGCCUUUGAAUAUAUUCUGUAUAACGGAGGGCUGAUGGAGGAGGAUGCCUACCCUUACCGUGGGAUGAAUGGCACCUGCAAAUUCCAGCCCGGGAAGGCUGUCGCGUUCGUCAAAGAUGUAGUCAACAUCACCCUGUACGAUGAGCAGAGCAUGGUGGAAGCUGUGGGAAAGCACAACCCGGUGAGCUUUGCCUUCCAGGUGACAGAGGACUUCAUGCACUACAAAGAAGGGGUUUACUCCAACAGCCGAUGCGACAAAACGCCGGACAAAGUGAACCACGCUGUGCUGGCGGUGGGCUACGGAGAAGAGGAGAAGGGCCUUCCUUACUGGAUAGUCAAAAACUCCUGGGGGGCCUUCUGGGGGAUGAAUGGGUAUUUCCUCAUCGAACGCGGGAAGAACACCUGCGGCUUGGCUGACUGCGCCUCUUUCCCGGUCCCUCGUGUCUGAACCGCCGCGGCUGGACUUUGGAAGGCCAGGGUACAGCGGUGGGAGGCCAAAGCGGGCCAGAAACCAACGCUUGACCACAGCCAAUAACCACGUUUCCCAGGAUCCCAUGGCUUUGAGCAAUGGCGGUUGAAGUGGCGCCAAAUGAGCAUUUCUGCAGGGUGGAUGGCGCCAAGGAGUGAUUUUCAGCAUGGGCUUUGCGCAAUAGCCCUUGCUUCCAACCCCACUUUGGCGGUUGGACUACAUAAUAAUAAUAGUAAUAAUGAUAAUAAUAAUAAUAGCAAAGACAAUUGGCUCCAAUCGAAAGAGGAAGGCAUAGCGCCAAUAGUGUCGGCUUAACGAAAUCAUCGCUUGAUUGCGUUUGCGUCUUCUGCGCCUCAAUCUUCUUUUAAGAUGAUCCUAGGAAAAGCUAAACCUUAUUUUGGGGGAUUCUGGGAGUCGGAGUCCUCCGCAGGGGACCCUCCGGCUCCAGCCAGAGUCAGGGCCAAAUCAAUACAUAAACAAAUACCAAUUUUUAUUUUCUGAUCAAGAGAGAGAAAAAUACAUCUUUUUUUUAAAGAAAUGGUUUUUGUAAUGAAAUAAUUAUUAAAGAUUAAAACAGUU